UAUGGCUUAAGUAUGGUGAGAGUAGAGAGAGACAAUAAUAUUAUUAAAAGACUUAACAAUACUCUUUGUUGACCUGCGAGAUAAAAAAGAAAGAAAAAAGUUCAUGUAUGAAAUGGUGAACAAAACUUCCUCUAACAAAAUACCAAACCUUGGGCAACUCCCUGCUCAUUGUUAACCUCCUCUGUUUCCCGAUUAUAAUAAUGGCUUCUUCUUCCAAGCCUAGAACGAGCCAAGUGUUCGUGUGUUUCAGAGGCUCCGACCUCCGCUAUGGCUUCCUUACACAUCUCUACGCAGCUCUGGACCAGACCGGAAUGUUCAUUUACAAAGAGAUUGAUGAUUCCAGGAAGGGAGGGAAGAUAUCUGCCGCUAUUUUUAAGGCAAUCGCGGAGUCAGAGUUCGCGAUCAUCAUUUUCUCUGAGAACUUUGCUUCCUCGAGAUGGUGUUUGCUUGAGCUGACGGAAAUCAUGAGCCGGAAGAACUGGACGCAGCUGGUCGUGUUGCCGGUGUUUUUCAAAGUGAAACCAAGCGACGUGAGACGCGUGGAAGGGAUUUAUGGGAGAGAUAUGAGGAUGCAUCAGGAAAGGUCGACGACGGAUCGGGAGAGUGUCCGUAUGUGGAAGUGUGCUCUCCAUGAAGCCGGUAGCUUGAUGGGGUGGCACUUGGAUGGCGGAUGUGAGGCCGAAUUAAUCACAAACAUCGUCAGAGAGAUCUCUGCAAUGACAAGGUUCGAUGUGUUCCUAAGCUUCAGGGGUAAGGAUGUCCGGGACUUCGUUAAUAGCCUGUACGGGGCCUUGGUCCAGAAGCGCAGAAAACCUUUCAUGGACAGUGAGAACUUAUUGAUGGCCCAGGAUUUCCCACCAGCACUGAAGGACGCCAUUGAACAAUCUAACAUGUACGUGGUCGUUUUCUCAGAAAACUACGCUGAAUCUUGGUGGUGUCUGAAGGAGUUGGUGCAGAUCCUAAGGAGGACAAACAAAAGAGAACAGCGGAUGCUGCCGAUAUUUUAUAAGGUGGAACUGGAGGAAGUGAGGGAACAGAAACAGUGUUAUGGGAAAGCAUUGGCUGAGCAUGAGAUCCAGUAUGGGAAGCGCUCGGUCAAGAAAUGGAGGGAGGCUCUCUCUGAAGCUGCCAAUGUGAAGGGAAUCCAUCUGCAUGAUGGGAGUAAAGAUGAUUGGAUCCCUCGCAUUGUUGAAGAGAUAGGGAAAAUGAUGGCAGAGAUCAGAAUAACGCAAUGAUGAAGAUACUCAAAAAGUCAGUUUGGUCAGACAGAAUAAUAAUUUCACUAGAGAGAUUGGUGUGUGUGACAUUGCUGCUUCAUCUGAAAGUCACGAAUAUGGUGGAAGUUGUCUUUCAGUGUACAAGAUUUUUAGCUGCUUAAAACUGUUGUUGAAACUUGGGAAUUAACAUCGACAUGGUAAGACACUUCGCUGUGAAAUCUAUGUAAGUGAUAUGUCUAAUUAAUGUUGAAGAAGCGGG